UAAAACUCCACCUGUUACGGUAUAAUUCACCGACACCUUUAUAUACGAAGAUGGCCGAGUUUGUACAGGUGUAUUUUGCCUUUCGUUUUGUAAUAAGACAUUUUUUUGGUAAUAAGGCCCCACUUUACGAGGCGAAGUGAAUGCAGCAGAAGGAUUUCGUGCACCGUGCAGACAGAGGGCGUCAGGAAACUCAUGUCCGGCUGUUUCUUGGUUCAUUUUCUUGUACGAAGAAGCCAACCUCCGCUUUUGUAGUCGCUGUCUCAGCUCGAUUGAACUGGGAUUUUGUGUUCGUGUCUACACAAAGCGGGAGGGAGGCAGAAGGCAGUGACAGGUGUAUGGGACAGACCAGUUCACAGGUGGACAGAAUGACUUCUCCUGUCAGUGUUAUAGUGGUGGGAGCAGGCUGUAGGGGGGAGAUCUACUCCCAGUUUGCGUCCGUUCACCCUGAUCGCAUGAAGGUUGUUGCAGUGGCUGAUCCAAGGAAAUUUGCACGCACUAAACUUCAAAAACAACACAAGAUCACUGAUGAAAACACAUUCGAAGACUGGCACUGCAUGGUUGAACGGGAGAAGUUUGCAGAUGCGGUGUUAGUUUGCACUCCAGACCGCCUUCAUAAGGAGCCUGCAGUGGCCUUUGCGAAGAAGGGCUACCAUGUCCUUCUGGAGAAACCGAUGGCUACAACAGCAGAAGACUGCACAGAGAUUGUGGAGGCUUGCACUCAGAGUGGAGUGAUGCUUUCUGUGGGUCACGUUCUACGAUAUGAUCCGGUCAUCCGUAAGAUAAAGGAGCUCAUAGAUGCGGGCGCAGUAGGCGACGUGAUCCAUAUUCAGCACUUGGAGCCGGUCGGGUUUUAUCACUUUGCUCACUCGUUCGUUCGAGGGAACUGGAGGAAUGAAGCAGAGAGCUCUUUUGCUCUUUUGGCCAAGUCGUGCCAUGACAUUGAUUUAAUACAUCACUGGGCGGGAGCGCGCAGGUGCGUGAAAGUGUCAUCAUUUGGUUCUGUCAGCCACUUCCGAAAAGAACACAAGCCAACAGGUGCUGCAGAUCGCUGCCUCGACUGCUCAGUAGAAAGAGACUGCCCGUACUCGGCACGCAAAAUCUACCUGGACAGAGUGAAACAGGGGAACACCGGCUGGCCUGUGUCAGUCAUAUGCCCAGACUCAUUCCCCGACAUCGAAUCGGUAACCGAGGCGCUGAGGACCGGACCGUAUGGCCGCUGUGUCUAUGAGUGCGACAAUGAUGUCUGCAGCAACCAGGUUGUAAACAUGGAGUUUGAAGGCGGCUUGACAGCAUCUUUCACCAUGGUGGCGUUCACGGAGGAGAUUUGCAAGAGAAAAACAACCAUCUGUGGCAGCAAGGGGGAGCUGUCGUACGACGGCCACGUGAUACAUGUGUUCGACUUCCUGACCCAGAGGUCCACGAAGCACACAGCAAGCAGUGACAGUCUCAAACACUUUGGCAUGGGAGGGCACGGUGGUGCAGACUAUCACCUUAUAGAGGCCUUUAUUUCUGCUGUGGCAAACAACGAUCCGUCCAGGAUUCGAUCGGGUCCUGAGGAGACGCUACAGAGCCACUUAAUGGUGUUUGAAGCCGAGCGUUCGCGACUGGAGGGCAGGGUGGUGUACUGCGGUGAUGCCAAACACAGCUAGAAGGCUACAGAACAUCAUGGUGACGAACGAAAAGCCUGGUCUUGAGUACGGUCUGUGACUGAAAGGUGAAUGAAAGCAUCUUGUUAUAAUAUUUGAGUAAUCUUCUUGCAGAUAUUCAGGCCAAAUGAUCUAUGACUCUGAUCAGCUUCUUGAAAUGCUGCUACGACGCUAUGGAAACAAUCAUUGGAGGUGGAGAGGCUUAAUUAACUCAAAAUCAUUUAUUGAACUUAUCAGUGCCACUAUCUGAGAACAAAGCGACGUAACACUGCAUACGAGCCUAAAUCUAAAACAUUACACUUAUUACACCAAGCAGGUAACAGUGGGGUUUGUUUUAAGCACAUCACAGGCUUGUUUAGUGGUUUCGUGAAGGCUCCACAAAGAUGCUCCAACUGUAAACUCAAGCUCAGUUUGUCGUCUUUCUGCUCUGAAUCUGAAGGAUACAUGACAGAAAAGCCUCCUUUUUGUCUGGUCUUGACAGUUCACACAAUACAACUUAAGUCUGGCGCUAUAAAGUCUGACAUGUUGACAGGUUAAUUGGGUCUGUUUUACUUUUAAUCUUAAGAAAUCAAUCUUAUUUAAUCAGAAGUCAGACUCACCCUCUUGUCGAUCAGCGUUAGUAGCUCCUCUCUACUCAUUGGACUCUUUGCCUCGA